AUGAUGAAACUUGUCCGGCUGUAUUGCUCCCUAAUUCUCUUGCUCCCAACCCUUCUUGCAGCGCCUUUACCCCAAAAGGCUGCUUCACCACUUGCUACUCGGUGGAAUCAGCAUGAGGACGAAGCUCCGGCCCACGUUUCCCGGAGCCGGUCGACGCUGCUAGCUGGGAGCCAGCUCGAGAAUAGAAACGUCGUCAGCAAAACCCCCACAGUGUUAACACGGGCAGCGAAGUCGCGGCCAGGCGAUCGAUGGCCAUAUAUGUUUUCCACACUGACCCCCGACAUGGUCAAAGGUUCAGAUUGGGCUCCGGAAACACGCUUUGUCGAUAAGAACUCCAUCUCAAAAGGCGAAAUUCAGCCGGGGAAAAGCGAGCCACGAGAUAGCCGGAUGAGAAUCGUCACAUCGCGCUAUAUGACUCUGUUUUCGAGAUUAAACGGGCAGUCGACGCCUCACCAGCCGUGCUCACCGUCCGAAAACUGCGCCACGUUUCCGGAGGACUCGGAAGAUUAUUUCGACUCGGAUGAGCAAUCAGCGUACGAUUCUAUGCUCGUGUGGAUUUCAGGCCACCCUAUCCGGAUGUGGGGUGUGAUUCUUGCCUUUAUGCUUGGUCUCUUCAUUCUCUCGGUCGUUAUGGUGGAAACUCUGACUGCGCUCUCGGAUUUUGUGCUAUCGAGGUGGAAGGGUCGUCGCGCGAGCGGGAUUCGGCUCGAAGGAGGAGAGAAGAAGAUCACGGCUUUGUGA